AUGCAGCUCUGCCACGACCGCGGGUACCUGGUGACCCAGGACGAGCUGGACCAGACGCUGGAGGAGUUCAAGGCGCAGUUCGGGGACAAGCCCAGCGAGGGCCGCCCCCGCCGCACCGACCUGACCGUGCUGGUGGCUCACAACGACGACCCCACCGACCAGAUGUUCGUCUUCUUCCCCGAGGAGCCCAAGGUGGGGAUCAAGACGAUCAAGAUGUACUGCCAGCGCAUGCAGGAGGAGAACAUCACCCGGGCCCUGAUCGUGGUGCAGCAGGGAAUGACCCCCUCGGCCAAGCAGUCCCUGGUGGACAUGGCUCCCAAAUACAUCCUGGAGCAGUUCCUGCAGCAGGAGCUUCUGAUCAACAUCACUGAGCACGAGCACAGCAAACUGAGGGAGAACCAGCUGCCCAGGAUCCAGGCUGGGGACCCCGUGGCCCGGUACUUUGGGAUAAAGCGCGGCCAGGUGGUGAAGAUCAUCAGGCCCAGUGAGACAGCAGGACGGUACAUCACCUACAGGCUGGUGCAGUGA